GGGUCAAUGUGAUGUAAGCAGAGGUUCGAGGCAUCAUCCUGUCCCUGACACAUGAAGGAUCAAAUCGCUUAGCGUCCAAAUGCGUGCUCACAAUAUAAAUACUAUUCCACAAGUGUGAACUUGAACAACUACUUCCAAGUUGCAACUAUUUUUGUCAGCAAAUAGUUUGAAUGAACACCAUAUCUGAUCUAAAAGCAUGUUGUGAUGCAUCAUCCCUGUUCCCACCAUAUUGAUCGCUGAACCGUGCUAUUUUGAGCGGUUAACCACCGUCACGCACCACAGCUGAGUACUUAAGCACUCUCCUGCAAAUGAAACCUUUCAUCUCCAAACUCCAUAGCUGUAGCCUGUGAACAACAACAAUGACAUCUUCGGGUAUUUUGUUUCCAGGCAUUAUUUGGUUCCUAUGCCUCUUUAGCUUCAUUUGCAGCCUACCACUAGCCGUCUGCAAUGAAACAAAAAAUGAUAGACAAGCCCUCCUAUGCUUCAAGUCCCAGCUCACGGGUCCAGCAGGAGUUUUAGCUUCAUGGAGCAACACGUCCUUGGACGUUUGCGAGUGGCAUGGGAUCACCUGCAGCAUUGUGUCCCCUCGUCGUGUGAUUGUGUUGGACCUUGAGUCACAAGGCAUCUCAGGCUCCAUAUCACCCUGCGUUGCCAACCUGACCUCUCUUACAAGGCUGCAGUUGUCAAACAAUGGCUUCAUUGGUGGCAUACCAUCCGAGCUUGGCCUCCUGAGCCAGCUCCGUGAUCUCAACCUCAGCAAGAACACUUUGGAAGGUAACAUACCAUCAUCUUUGGGUAGCAUCCGUUCUCUUACGUAUGUCGACCUUGGGGUGAAUGCUUUAACAGGGUUCAUCCCGGAGUCACUAGCAAAUAGUUCAUCACUCCAAGUACUUUCGCUCAUGCGCAAUAAUCUUACUGGAAACCUACCAAAGGUUCUCUUCAACACAUCGUCUCUUAUUAAAAUUUUCCUCCAACAGAACAACCUUGUUGGUUCUAUACCUGCUGUUAUUGCCACCUCUCCGCCUAUUGAAUACCUCGAUUUAAGGCAUAAUCAUAUUUCAGGAAAAAUACCUUCCUCAAUAGGAAAACUUUCAUCCCUUGUUGAUCUUCGUAUUACAGAGAAUAAUUUAGUAGGGAGUAUACCAGACAGCUUAGGUAAUAUCUCAACACUGAAGAUAUUGACCUUAACUGGCAACAAAUUGUCUGGGACAGUCCCACCAUCUCUCUUCACUAUGUCAUCUCUGACAUUUCUUGGCCUAGCAAACAACUCUCUUGUUGGAAGGUUACCCUCCAAUAUUGGCUACACACUCCCAAAUAUUCAGGGUUUAAUCCUCUCGUCAAACAAGUUUGAUGGCCCAAUCCCAGCUUCUCUUCCCAGAGCUUACAACCUUCGUCAGCUUUACCUAUAUAAUAACAGCCUAACUGGGUUCAUACCCUUCUUUGGGUCAUUGCCAAAUUUGACGGAACUUGGUUUGUCAUACAACCAGCUAGAAGCGGGAAACUGGGGAUUUGUCUCUUCACUGGCAAACUGUACCAGGUUGACUAAGCUGAUGUUGAAUGGGAACAGUCUUCAAGGCAAGGUGCCAAGUUCAAUAGGUAAUCUUUCUGAUAGUCUCGAGUGGCUGUGGCUAAGGGAAAACCAAAUUUCUGGGCCUAUACCACCGGAGAUUGGCAAUCUUAAGAGCCUCAACAGGUUGUACAUGGAUUACAAUCUUAUCACUGGAAAUAUACCACCAACAAUUGGUAAUUUGCACAGCUUGGUCCAUCUAUCCCUUGCACAUAACAAACUGUCAGGGCAAAUCCCGGAUACUAUUGGUGAUCUGGUUAAGCUAAAUUCUCUGAAAUUGGAUGGGAACAACAUUAGCGGAAGGAUACCUGAAAGUAUAGGACGUUGUACUCAACUCCAAAUACUCAACCUUGCUCACAACUCGCUAGAAGGGAAUAUACCAAGUGAAAUCAUCAAAAUUUCUUCUCUUUCUGAAGAGUUGGACUUGUCACACAAUUACCUAUCUGGAGGGAUACCAGUGGAAGUUGGCAAUCUCAUUAAUGUGAACAAAAUUAGCAUAUCAAAUAACAGGUUGUCUGGCAACAUCCCAUCCACUCUUGGCCAGUGUGUGGUUCUGGAGUACCUAGAUAUUUCUAGGAACAAGUUGUCCGGAAAGAUUCCACAGUUCCUCACAUCCUUAAGUUCGCUGCAAAAUCUCAACUUAUCCUUCAAUAAUUUUGGAGGGGAGGUUCCGAGAGGUGGUAUUUUUUACAAUGCUAGUGCUGUGUCAAUUGAAGGAAAUGAUGAUUUGUGUACCAGCAUUCCAACAGGGGGUAUACCUCUUUGUUCCAUGCUAGUUGAAAGAAAAGGAAAACAAAAUUCCUCGGCUCUGAUCCUACGGAUAGUAAUUCCAACUGUUGCUGCUGUUAUAUUAAUUUUGUCAUGUAUUGCAACAAUUUACUGGAGGAAGAGGAUGCAAGCAAAUCCACAUUUGCAGGAAAUUGGUGAGCAUAUGAGGAAGAUAUCGUAUAAAGACAUUGUAAGGUCAACAAAUAGCUUUUCUCAAGCAAACCUAAUUGGAUCAGGAUCAUUUGGAGUGGUUUAUAAGGGCAGUUUGAAGCUUCAGAAAGAUCAAGUUGCCAUCAAGAUUUUCAACCUUAACAAUUAUGGAGCAAAUCGGAGCUUUAUUGCAGAAUGUGAAGCCCUGCGAAAUGUCCGUCACCGAAAUCUUGUAAAGAUCAUCACUUCAUGUUCUUCUGUGGAUUCUACUGGGGCAGAUUUCAAGGCCCUGGUGUUCCAAUACAUGCCGAAUGGGAACCUAGAAAUGUGGCUACAUCCUGAAGACCUUGAACAUGGUGAGAGACAUAUCCUGACUUUAAGCCAAAGGAUCAAUAUUGGCUUGGAUGUAGCAUUUGCUUUGGAUUAUCUUCAUAACCAAUGUGCAUCUCCAUUGAUACAUUGUGACCUAAAGCCAAGCAAUAUUCUUUUGGAUGUUGACAUGGUUGCAUAUGUCACUGACUUUGGCCUGGCAAGGUUUGUAUUCACCCCAACAAAUGCAGAUAGUUCAACAAGUCUGGCCUGCCUAAAAGGAUCCAUCGGAUACAUCCCACCAGAGUAUGGAAUGAGCAAAGAGAUAUCAACCAAGGGUGAUGUCUACAGUUUUGGAGUGCUUCUGUUACAAAUGAUAACAGGGCAAAGUCCAACUGACGGAAAAUUCAGCGAUGGUGCAAGCCUUCACGAAUUUGUUCGUAGAGCAUUUCCAGAUAAUAUCUGUGGGGUUGUUGAUCCAGCAUUGCUACAAGAUGACAGAAACACACCGGAAGUGAUGGAGAAAUGUGUCAUUCCAAUGGUCAGAAUAGGCCUCUCUUGCUCCAUGACAUCGCCGAAAGACCGGCCGGACAUGGGACAAGUUUCUGCCGAGAUCCUUAGAAUCAAGCAUCUGGCCUCACACAUGGAUGUUAGAUGAAGCAAAGGAUCGGCAGGAUAGUAGCUAGCGACAGAAAUUCAUGUAAAAAGGAACAAUGAUGUGCUAUCUAAUCUGCCUUUGCCAUUCUUGAGUUCAGUUAGUGACACAUGCAGACAGUACCCUUCUCUUUUUGCCAUAGCAUUUCGUUUCAUGUUUGUAUUUUCCCUUAGUUGUACAAGUGAGCAGUAUUUGUACAAGCACAGACUGAACGAUCAGAGCUAGACCGAUUUGUGCAGUCAGAGUAAAUAUUUGGGAAGCUAACUUGGAACCGGAUAGAGGAUUAACCCUCGAUUUUGAACAUGGCUUUGGCUUGAACACAAAGUUCAACUGAACAGGCCAGAGUUAAUGGGGUCAAGAACCAAACCUAUGCCCUAUCCGUGGAGAAGAACACCCCAUAUCAAACUAUCAAAGCAGAUAGGCAUGGCACAGC